AUGAAGGUUAUGCGCCCCUCUAACAGGGAGCUCAUGCAAAUGUUCAUCGCUCAGUGCAUUCCUUUCAUCGGGUUCGGCAUCACCGACAACGGCCUAAUGAUAAUCUUCGGUGAAGCCAUCGAGCAGUUCCUUGGUAAGCUGAUGGGCCUCUCCACCAUGGGAGCAGCUGCCACCGGCAACCUCCUCUCGGACAUUGCAGGGAUUUUCCUGGGAGGACAAGUCCAGGCCAUCGCUUCUCGUCUCGGGGCAGCCGAGCCGGACCUGACGCUAGAGCAGAGGAGUUUGACCAUUACAAGAACGUGCAAGCAGCUGGGAGAGACGGUCGGCAUCACGAUUGGGUGUAUCAUCGGCAUGGCUCCCCUGCUCUACAUGGAGAAGUGA